UACCCAGAUUAUUAAAAAGGUCCCAUCGUUUGUCUGUUAAGGUGCAUUUUUAAAGAUCAACUUUUUCAGAAUGCUUAAAAUGCAAAUCUAAUUCUAUUAGAUUAAAGUAAGGUUUUGAUUAUCUACAUAAUUGUUAAAAUUGUACUUAGGCGCGAACGUAUGCAGUUAUAAAUUUGUUUCCAUAUUUUGUGAUGAAAAACGAAAUAAUCGAAUAGAAAACAAAAGAACGUAGUAGCGGAUUUUCUUUGUGUGUAUUAAUUUGGCAAUAAUCAUCGAGACUUUCAAUGCGAGGAUAAUUAACAUUCGUUAACAAUGGCGGAUUUCAAAAGUAGACCAAUAAAGAUUUCUAAAUCUGGGCAAAAUAUUGACAAAAAUGACAUAAACUCCACUGAUAACAUUGAAAAUCCAAUGACACCACCGGCACGAGAGAAUACGGAGGUCGAUUUAACAAAAGAAAACAGCGCUGAAGAUGAUGACUUUGUUACAUUUGAUAAUGCCCCAGUCAACAAGGACGAAAACUUACGGCGGAAUAUAGAAAUUGAAUUGGACCUAAUAGCUAAGGAAAGAGGACUAAGUGAUAUUGAAUCUGAUUUUGAAAACGUUAUAAAAGAAAUGGAGAAAAUUGUUGUAUUUGCCGAUGAUGAGGCUGAUGAGGAGUUUCAUAAUAUGGAAUUGAUUCGACGGGAUUAUGAGAACAAGAUGUCCAGGGUUGAAAGCCGGGCAUCAUUUACGACGAUUACUCCAAGAGAAGACUGGGGUUUUACAACCCGUACCAUUCCGGAACUUAAUUUUACAUGGGGCAGUACGGUGAAUAGUACUCAAGGCAGAACGAGUGAUAAUUCCCGUUACACGAACCAGUAUUUACGUAGCACAGCUUCGGUGUUUCCAUCCGGUAGAACAAAACGUCAAAGGAAACGUGAAAAGACGGGAGUUAGGUGGAGUAGUCGCAUGGAAUCUCGUUCGGACGGACGAACACUUUUCUGUUUCGGUCAGUAUGAAGAGAUGCAGAUAGAAAAGGCCUCACGGCCUACGAGUGAUAAGACAGAGUUGUCAUUAUCAAGAAAUGCAUCUCGCCUGGCACUCGAGUCCCGGGAGGCGAUGUUCCGACGAGCUAUGUCUUUGCUGUCGGCACGUUGUACAAGCGUGAGACAAGAAACCGACGGCGACAAAGUCACCCUAGGAGCACAGAUACCUAAAUACUUCUACGUUACUCAAGACAAGCCGCAGCCAAUGGAACCUUUAAAGGCUUGGCGAGGUUACCAUGGCAAUAUCUAUUUCGAACCAAUCAAUAUCAAUCCGCUGAAGGGCGAUCUGGAGUCAGAGCGGGCAAGAACAUCCAUCACGCGCAAGGAUCCUCAACCUAACCCUAGAACUCGAACCUCGGUACCAAAACUGAGGUCAAACCAAGACAAAGAGAACCGCCCUUUCCAAGAGAGCCGGAGCGAGUCGCGCCAGACCAACAAAAGUUCGGUUGGAAGCAGACGAUCAUCUACGCGUCCCAUGGCUUACCUAGAUAAACAGACUGUUCUAAAUAGACUGAAUGAAAGUAUUCAAGAGGAUAUAGUUUGGUUAGAAGGCACGGAAAACACAGGCAGCCUUGCAGUGCGGCCAAAGUCUUACCCGGAAAAAAUGUCUCGCGAUAAAGAGAGGGAUCUACAAUAUAAUAAAGAAAGAAUUAAAAAGGGAUCAGUUGCGCAUAAAUUAUAUAUAGAUGGUAAAUCUAAACAAAAACCAAAACUGUCAGUCAGCGGUGGAAAGUUUACGCCGCCGAACUCACUGUCGCCGCUCUUACGGACUCAAACCCAAUACUCCCUGAGUAGCCAAAGACUAACAACAAAUAGUCCGGACCCUUAUCACCUUAAUGAAUCUAAGUUACCUCCCUUAGACCAGAUCCGUGCUAGUCUGAAACAUAUGGACAGUAAACAACCUCGCGGAAAAUUACCAUACAAUAAAUCUAUGACUAUUACAGACGAUAUGAAACCUUUUGUGAAAUAUAGCCCGGAUGUAGUUGCAAAAUUUGCACAGCAAGCUAACAUAUGUUAGAUAUUGCGAUUAACAUGUGAUAUGAAGUCUUUUGUGAAACAUAGUCCGGAUGUAGUGGCAAAAUUUGCACAGCAAGCUAACAUAAUAAUUAUGUUAGAUAUUACGAUUAACAUGUGAUACGAAGUCUUUUGUGAAACAUAGUCCGGAUGUAGUGGCAAAAUUUGCACAGCAAGCUAACAUAAUAAUUAUGUUAGAUAUUGCGAUUAACAUGUGAUACGAAGUCUUUUGUGAGACAUAGUCCGGAUGUAGUGGCAAAAUUUGCACAGCAAGCUAACAUAUGUUAGAUAUUGCAAUUAACAUAUGAUAUGAAACCAUUUUUUGAAAUAUAGUCCGGAUGCAGUGGCAGAAUUCGCACAUCAAGCUAACAUAAUUAUUAUGUUAGAUAUUUCGAAUAUCAUAUAUGAUAUGAAACCUGUGAAAUAAUCAAGCUAACAUAUGUUAGAUAUUGCAGUUAUCAUGUAUGAUAUGAAAUCUUCUGUGAAACUAGCCAAGCUUACAUAUGUUAUAAUUAUUUUAUUAUUCUAAACAUUUGUUAAAUGCAACACAACAAGCAAACAUGUUAGAUAUUAUGACAAUCAUAUCAUAUGGUAUGAAACCUUUCUGUGAAAGUAUAGUGUAGUGAAGCUAACGUAUGCUCGAUUCUAUGUGAAACGUUUCAAUAUGCAAACAUAUUAGAUAUUACGACUAUCAUGUGCGAUAUGAACCUUUUUCGGAAUAAAGCCCUAAUGCAUUUGGUAAACUUUGCAUAAGCUUACAUUAUAGAACUAUAUUUUGUGAAAUGUAAUGGCAAGUUUGUGCACAACGGGCUAACUUAUGUUAGAUAGUGUGAUGGUAAUGAUUCGUACAGAAUUAUUCUUUCUCACCGAUUGAAAACUAGAAGCAAAGGGCAUAAUAAGGAUAUAGAAAGUGAAAAAUUGACGGAUUUAGAAUAUUUUUUUUUUAUUUUAUAUUUCGAGACUUCCUCGAACUUUACUGAAAAAAGAAUGGAUUACAUAUUUUCGUAAGACAUUAACACAUGAUGUUGUGAAAGAUGAUAUCCACAUUUCGGGAUUUUCUAGUUGUUCGCUGGAGGUAGGGAAAUUGUAAAAAUCAGUUCUAUUUUUAUGAAACACAAAAGACUUUUCACCAGGACUUAAAAGAGAGCCAUGUUGCCGUAGCAAAAUGACAGGCUUAUAUUCGUGUCAAAGAACUCAAGUUGACUUUUUGCAGGUGCAAUUAUGAGAACUGAUGGGAUUUUUUACCAUCUCGUUUUGGGGGGGUUUUUUUGGUCCCUUAUUUUCGAUACAAGCCCCCAAAAAACAGUAAAACUUAAUACUGAAACACAAUACAAAAGAUUUGUUAUGUAAGUCAUCUUGUGUUUUUCGUAUCUUUCUGAAUUUUCAGUUUUCGAUUUACAUCACCGUGUCAAAAUUCUGCUAAGAUGACUUUGGAACAAAGAAUACUUAUUUGACUCUACACGAUACAGCUACUUGUAGUUUUAUAGAUCACUAUUGUAUCAUAACGCAUCUAUUUUUCGUUCUAGGUAGCUAUCAUGCAUUUUUAAUAUUCGUGCAUUUUUGUUACAACAUGGCAUGUGUAUUUUCUUAUAAUGUAUAUGUCAGCGGGGAUUUUCUCUUUGAUCUGACUGUUUGUUCAUGUUUUAGCUAUCUGUGAUAAAUGAUAUUUGAGCCGUGCCAUAAGAAAACCAACAUAGUGGGUUUGCGACCAGGAUGGAUCCAGACCAGCCUGCGCAUCCGCGCAGUCUGGUCAGGAUCCAUGCUGUUCGCUAACAGUUUCUCCAAUUCCAAUAGGCUUUAAAAACGAACAGCAUGGAUCCUGAACAGACUGCGCGGAUGCGCAGUCUGGUCUGGAUCCAUGCUGGUCGCAAACCCACUAUGUUGGUUUUCUCAUGGCGCGGCUCAUUUCUGUUAAAUGUGCCAAACUUUGUAAAGCUUGAGAUCUUUUAUAUAUUAUUUGAACAUGUGAUAGGCGUUUAUACUUCGUAAAAGAAAUACCAUGUAUAUGUUCGUACUAAGGUCAAAAGUAAGUAUUGACUUUUAAACGUGACAAAAUCAAACAUUUUCUAUAAAGGUGUAUACGAUGUUGCAAGGACGGUCAAUGCCCACUAUUUAAAAAAGGAAAAGAGUAUGCUAUGUGCAUAUUUUCCAUGACAUUGUAUAUGCUCUCUAUGUCGACAUUUAGAGUCAAGAAACCCUUUUCUUCUACCUCUGUGAAGUGUAGGCCAAUAUCAGUUGUUUUAAAAUGCAAGUUUUGUUACAAUUUUAACAUGUUUCUAAAAAGAUCCCAUUUUACUAUCAGUGCUCUAUAAAAAUGUUUAACGAUUACAAGUGCGAGACCUGUGCUAUGCUUACAGAUACUGGCUAAAAGUUGACGGAGAAAAGAGUCCAGUCCUACGAACCAGAGUAUAAGUUCCUAAAGACGAAUUAAAAUUCAAUUUUUAAUUGAUCGUUUCACCUAAAUUUUACAUUUAUAUAUUAUAUACAUGUAACUAUGUCUCACUGUCCGAAAAUUGUACAAAUUACUAACAGUUACAACGGGACAUGGUCACCUAUGAUCAUUUAUAUUUGUUACCACUGUGACCUUGAUAUGUUUCUGAUAUAUCAUUAUCAGAAAUUGUAAAAUAAAUCCAAAAAAUAUAGCUUUAAAUCCCCUAUUAAAUCUUUAAACCAAAUAUUUGGUUUGCAAAACUUUUACGACAACCAUUUAUCAAAUUAUUACAUUAAAGAAAGGCCACAAAGUGGGAGAGAGAUUUAUGAGAUUAUCUAGUACACUAUCUGUUAAAUGAUACUGACAUAUAUAUCUGUCUGUAUAAACAUAUACUUAACACAUCUUCGAACGCAACACUUGACAUUGGAAAAAAUAUCAUAAAAAAAAUGAAUAUCAAACUAGCUAAACAUUUUGAUAACACGUAAACAGAAAUCAGUUAUGAAUCUGUUACACGAUCCUUUAUAUAAAGCGUCGGUCCAUAGUUUGUGCUGUUGACCAGUCUAUAGUUCAACACUACAUUUUGCUGCGAUAGUCAAAACUUGAAGAAAAAAAUAUGAAAAUUUAUUUCUGUGAUCAUGUGAAGUUAAAAACA